AUGGGUGUCACAGACAUUAAUCCCCUCCAUGACUUCACCGGGAUCGGCACGCGCCGCCGAGGCCCCGCCCCGUCUGGUGACGUCACGGACGGACGCUCCUUAUUUGGUUCGAUCCGCUCUAUGGGCGAGAAAAAACCUGCCCCCCCAACCCACAGAGACCCGGACCUGGUCCAGACCCACAAGAUCCGAGAUCUGGACGGGAGAAAAUCAGCCUCCCCAGUAAAAACCACAGCACAGAGACCCGGACCUGGUGCAGACCUGGUCCAGACCCACGGAUCCCAGACCCACCAGACCCGGACCUUCAGACCUCCGGACCUGGUCCAGACCUGCAGCCAGACCCACGGAUCCGAGAUCUGGGCGAGGAAAACCACCUCCCCAACUCACGGAUCGGGAUUUUCAGUCAAACCCCGGACCCCCAGGAUCCGGAUCAUGAGUUUUACGCAGGAGAUGAGCGGGUCCAAGUGGAUCCUUCUGGUGCUGCUGUUUGCGCGCUGCGCGUCCGGAUCGUAUCCACGGGCUGAAAACGUCACCUGGAAGUCGACCAACUUUAAAACCGUCCUGACCUGGGGACCCGAACCCACGCCGGACUACACCUACACCGUGGAGUUCUACGCGAUCGGCGGGAACAAACAGAGGAACCACCACUGCACGCGCUCCAGCCAGACGUCAUGUGACCUGUCGGCCUCCAUGACCGACGUGCAGAGCUGCUACCGGGCCGACAUCGUGUCGGAGCCGCCGCUGGGGGCCACGUCGGACCUGGUGGAGUUUCCCCACACCACCACGUCCACGUUCUGCCCGUAUAAAGAGACCGACAUCGGCCGUCCCGACUUCGAGCUCCGGAUGAGCGAGGACAAGUCGUUAACGACGCUGGUCGUUAGCGACCCGCUAACCGCUCUGUUCUCGGACCGACGGCAGCUCAACGUCCGGGACGUGUUCGGAGAAAAGCUGCAGUACAAGGUCACGUACCGGAAGAACCGGAGCACCGGCACGAAGGUCCAGACCUCCCCCAGCAGCCUGAUCCAGCUCCAGAACCUGGACCCGGGUGAGAGCUACUGCUUCUCCGUCCAGGCUUUCAUCCCCGACCGGACCGGAGAGAAACAGCUGAGUGAGAUGAGCAGCACCAAGUGUUCCCACGACGACCACCAGUCCCUCUUUAAAGUUUACUCCCUGGGCUCCAUCGUGGGCGGAGUUUUGCUGCUGCUGCUGCUGGUGGGCGGAGCCAUCGGGGUGGGCGUGUUCUGCUGCAGGAGGAGGCGGAGCCAGAGGGCGGGGAAGGAGGCGGUGCCUCUGAGGGCGGUGUAGCCCCGCCCACCUCCCUAACCCCGCCCCCAAAAGGAGGCGGAGCCAGAGGGCGGGGAAGGAGGCAGUGCCUCUGAGGGCGGUGUAGCCCCGCCCCCAAACACCUUAACCCCGCCCCCAAAAGGAGGCGGAGCCAGAGGGCGGGGAAGGAGGCGGUGCCUCUGAGGGCCGUCUAGGCCCCGCCCACCUCCCUAACCCCGCCCCCAACCCCGGGAAGGAAGCCGCCCACCGCCCUCAGAGGCCACGCCCACCGCCCUGGCCCCGCCCCCAUCGACGUGACAUCAUCAUUCCUCAGGCCCCGCCCCCCUCAGAGGCCCCGCCCCCUCCGUGACGUCACCAUUCCUCAGUCAGACACUGGAAUCUUCUUAGUUUCUGUGAAACUGCCCCGAAACUUCCGGACAAACUCACUCAUAGAAACUUUAAGAAACUUUAAGAAACUUUAAGCUGCUUCUUCUUCUUCUGUUUUGGGAAAAGGUACUUCUGACUUUAUAUUUCUUUAUACUUUAUUUAUUUAGAUUAACUUGAACCUGCUGUGAUCGUGACUUUUAUGGUUUUAUUAUUGUUGGAUUAUUGUUGGAGUCGCUCUGCGUCAGUUCCUCCUCCCACCACAAGGGGGCGGCACCUAGCAGAAAACUCUAUCUAUAUGAAUUAAUGUACAUAUAUAUAUAUAUAUAUAUACAUACAUAUAUAUAUAUAUAUAUAUAUAUAUAUAUAUAUAUAUAUACAUACAUAUAUAUAUAUAUAUAUAUAUAUAUAUAUAUAUAUCUUGGUAUUAACCAUUAAUAUAUAUUAAUAAUAUGCAGACAAACAGCUCCCCCUGGUGGUCGGCGGUGGAACUGUAGCUGCAGGCGGCUGGAAGCUACACUAUAAAUCAUUACGUUGCACAUUGUAUUUUAUUAUUCUUUUACUUUUAUUGCUUAAUUUAUUACAUUUAUGGAGCGUCAUUGUUGACGCUGUUGCAGCUAUUUUAAUUUCUGUGGUGAAUGUUUUCAUUUCUGCCCCGAACUUAAUCCAUUUAAUGUUUCCAGAAUGUUUUUAUUCAAGUGAAAAUAAAACUGCUGAUCAAUAA